AGCUCUUCGGAUGAGGAGCGAAACGUCCGACACAUUCUUCACAGAAGUACAGAUGACGUCUGAAGCCUUUCCCUCGUUGGACAACUCCUGUACGACUGAGAGCCUACACAGACGCUCGCAUGGACAUUCCCAGGUGGGAGGACGCUAUGCAGUCAUGCGCCCUGAUGAAUGGACCAUCGUGGCAGGCAUCGUCCAACAGAAUGAGGAACAUGAGCACAAACAACCCCUGGCAGUACGCCGCUCACUCUAAUUGGCCAUCGUCGCUUCCUGGUCAGGACGGUAGAGGCUACCAUGGUGUGUCACAUGAUUCCCAGUCUGGAAGCCAUGGACAUCACGGAGAGUUUCAUCACAACGCGGGUCAGAACUUGUCAAAGUGGAACAGAAGCAUCAUUUCCCAGAGUGACGCUGCGGCUCACUGGAAGCAGACGCUGCCCUCGUGGGGGCAGCCAGCAGGCGUCCACAGUCACGAUGUUGUCACUGAUGCCUUACAGCACAGGACUUCUUUCUACCAAAACAUGACCCAACCCCCACCAUACCCUAAGAACAACAUGGCAACAACCUCGAUUUCAUGUGGGCGGAGCUUGUUGAGCACCAACGCCUAUCAGAGACCUCAACAACACUCACCUUUGACCCCUGUGGUAUCUAACAAGAUGAUGUAUUCCCCAGCCACAUGUCCCAGUUCUAUUUCCAUCACUGAUGGCAGGACGCAACCAGCGGUUCCCAGUUUGAGAAGAAAUAUGAUGGAUUUGGACAUCUCUCAGCCAUCAACACCUCAACCCCACCGACCACUCCAGAACAACAUUCCAGAAAUAGUACAUUCACAGCAAAGCGAAUUGGACUUUUCCAAGACCAGAAGACAUCUCCAGUGUCAAAUAGCCCACAGGCCUCAAGCAGUUGAACCCCUUUCACCUCUUACUAAUAAUGGCCACACUUCCUUGGUCUUGCAGCUGCCGUCUCAGAAACACCUGGAGGUCACAAAGCACCAAGACAGAAGUUCCUCGGAAGUGUAUCUUCGGGCCACUAAAGGAUGUACAGGUUCUAGUCAGGGUUCUGCUGGGUCGUCCUCAGAGGUGACCUUGCAACCAAAGGGCUUGUGUUCGGGUGAUACUUUGGGUCAGACAGACAGGAAGAUUCCAGAGACCUGGCAAGAGGACACGAAGCAAAGUGAGAGGACAGUACAGUGUCUCCCAUCAAAGGCAUGGACUAUAACAGAUUUAAAGGCGCUGGUCGAGAAAACCCAACAAGCUCAGACAAAGUCUCCUGCCACAUUUGAUAUUGAUAUUUUAAUCUCCUUGUUCUGGAAAAAUGACAUACAGAUGCUGGAAAGCCAGCACAAGACACCCUGGUACCAGAAUCUCAUAAGAGAGAUUUCAUCCUUCUGCUUCCGGCACUGGACCACGGACUCAGUGGUUCUGACGCAAUCACAAAGCAACUUGAAUCUCAGAGGUUUUCAUGUGCUGCAAGACGGCGAAAAGUACUUGGAGCCGCGCUACACCUCCUCGUGGAGGAACGUCAACGAGAAACUUGACGACAUUGAUAAAGAAUUUGGCUUUGCUGUGAGCUCUGAUGAUUAUUUUCUUGACCCACGCAGCGGCAUCUCAGCACCUCCAAAUGUUGACAAAGCUGUGAAAGAAGAACGGGAACAAGGAGAACAAGAAGAGGAGCAGGAAGUGGAACAGGAGGAAGAUGAAGAAGAGAGGACCUUGCCUGUAGCAGUUGCACAUGGCGGUAAAGAUGACAGCUACUCCUUCAUCAUUCAGGUUCUUCCCCAAGAGGAGGCCAAGGCCAUCUACGAGAGCUUUCAGCCUACAGGAGACCAUCCUGCAAAGGAGCACCUGGAAGGUGCAGAAAUGGACCAAGGUGAUUCCAGCGGAGAUAAGGAUCUUUUGGCUGAAUCUGAGGUGGAGAUGUUCUUUGCUCAGUGGAAAGAAGUAGUUUUGGGCUGCAGUCCAGCCAUGAAGGGUCAGGAUGAUGUGAGCCACACGAUCCUGGAAGAUGAGGAGGUGGAGCUUGAUGGCACCUCCAGCACAGAUGAAGGGACUCCAUCAGUCAAUCCGAAUCAGUCUAAGGACGCAACUCCAUUCCAACAGGAUGAUCAAGAGACGAGAAAUGUCCCCCAGCAAAGGGCAGACGUCACGUCCAAAGCUUCUCAUCCGAAAGAAAUGCCAACAUUCCAGCAGCGUCAUUGCCGCAAGGAGCAGAGGUCCAACAAAAGCAAGAUGUUCUGCGUUGGUGCCAAACGUUUAGCUGCUGCCAGAGAGUGGAAGAGAGCGAGACACUCUGCCAUCAACGUUCCCCUCCAGAAGAAGCUGAAAACACGAAAGCGUCGUUGUGAUCUGGGUUCAACACGCAGGAAAGAUUCAGCCAAAAACGCCCAAUCUGUUGAGCUGGUUCUCUUUGGCUCUGCCAGACGCAGGCAAUACUGGACUUUGCCUAUGCCGGCACCUGAGGUGCUCAGUGUAAGUCAAAGGGGGAUGAGUGCGGUCAAACAGCGCAUUUACCAAGAGUGGAGUUUACCACCAACCAGAAUUGAGGGCAGAAGAAGUCAGAAGAGAACUUUCACAGACAGACAGAACAGCGACGACAGGCGGGACGAGCAGAAGCUUUUGCUGGAAACAAAGUUCAGGAAAGACAACAACAAAGUGAGCCUGAAGAAGUGGAGGCUCAGCCCACGACGGCAUCAGAGAGAAGGCCUGGUGGCCAAGGUCCAAAGACGGAGACGUCAGGAAGACUGCUGAGCGUCAUUCAAUUAAGUUCUGAAACGCUUCACAGCCAGAGGUAAGCUUUGGGCGAUGCAGUCUUUCUGGAAGAAAGUGACGUUGCUUCUCAGCUUUGUGGUGCCCUGCUGCCCCCUCGUGGCUUAGAGACGCUUUGUAAUGGACAAUGUAAAGUAACAACUUUUUUCAGCUAAAGCUCACCUGGAAGCCAAAAGACAAUCAGAGUAACAAACCAAAAAGUAACAAACCAUGCUAAUGGCUAUCUUGUGAAAUGCUAGCACACUUGUAGAAUAAAAUUAAACUCUGCAUGAUCAUGUUGACGACAAGACACUGAAAGGACAGGCUGGCCUCUUUCUGCUGGAAUAUUCUGGGAUGCUGGAAAGUUCUUGAAGUCCAUUUUCUUCCUAAAAGGAAUUGUCCUGUAUGACUGAUAUUUACAUUUAUGUAUAUUUUUGUACAUGUCUAUUUUUUACCACUGAAUAAAAGUCCUCUUUCAUAUGUUUUUGUUGCACAAAAAGAUUGCCUGUGAAUGUUCAUGCAGUCAUUGGAUGGUCAGCUUGUUUUAUUUCUUCGUUUUGAAUAGAAAGGAAGGACAGGGCAUUAGGGCAAA